CACCAGUCAAAACAGUACCUCAUUAUUCCCAGUUAAAGAUCUUAUAUUCUUGUUAAAGACCAGUCAUUUCUUCACUAAGACCUUGUGGAUUAAGACUUAAAAGGCCACAUUGUGAUGAUAUUUUCAUCUGGGUCAUGCUCAUUUAUUGUCUUGGUUGUACAGUGAACUAAUUCUUUGCAUUUACUCUUGGAAAUGAGGGUAAGUGAAAGAAAACAAGUCAAAUCAGUAAAAUAAGCUUGCAAGUUAGCAACUUUAUCACUAUAUAUAUAUAUAUAUUUUUCUUCUGGGCUUGCAAGAAUUUAACACAGUGAGAAUGAGGAAACAUGGAUGGCAGCUUCCUUACCAUCCCCUCCAGGUUGUUGCUGUUGCUGUAUUCUUGGCAUUGGGAUUUGCUUUCUAUGUGUUCUUUGCCCCUUUUGUUGGGAAGCAAUUGUAUCAGUAUAUUGUGAUAGGGAUCUACACUCCUUUGAUUAUAUGCGCCUUUGGACUCUAUAUAUGGUGUGCAGCAGCUGAUCCUGCUGAUCCAGGAGUUUUUAAGUCCAAAAAGUAUAUCAACAUUCCAGAGCACAAAAAGCAUGAUCGGCUCCACGAAUCUAAACUUGGUGGCGAUUCAACUUCCUCAAUACAUGAUGCAAAUGCUGCAACGGUUGGAGUAAAACCCUUGAACAAAGACAUGAAAGACAUGGAUACAGCAACAGAAGACCGUGCAACUGAGAUCGAAGAAAUUGGUACCGCGUCUCAACAAUCAUUCUGUUUCAAAGUUCUGUUGGCUUUGUUGACUCCUUGUGCCUAUGUGUGCAACUGCUCAAAUUCACAUGAUGAAUCUUCUGGACAACAGGCUAGUGAAGAUGGCAUGUUCUAUUGCAGUCUGUGUGAAGUAGAGGUUUUCAAGUACAGCAAACAUUGUAGAGUUUGCGACAAAUGUGUGGACCGAUUUGAUCACCACUGCAGGUGGCUCAACAACUGUAUAGGAAAAAGAAACUAUCGCAAGUUUUUCUCACUCAUGGUCUCUGCUCUUCUGCUGCUUAUACUUCAGUGGUCAACUGGAAUUCUGGUACUAAUUCGCUGCUUCCUUGAGCACAAGAAAUUCUCUGUAGAUAUCGCCACCAAUCUAGGAAGCAGUUUCUCUAUUGCGCCUUAUGUUAUUGUGGUGGCAAUAUGCACCAUUUUGGCAAUGGUUGCUACUCUGCCGGUUGUGCAGCUGUUUUUCUUUCACAUUCUUCUCAUAAAGAAGGGUAUUAGCACAUAUGAUUACAUUAUAGCUUUGAGAGAGCAAGAACAAGGAGUUGGAGGUCAACAAAGUCCUCAGAUGUCACAAGCCAGCUCCCUCACAGGAUUAAGCAGUGCGAGUUCCUUUAGAUCCUUUCAACGGGGAGCCUGGUGUACACCACCACCACUAUUUGUCGAAGAUCAGUUUGAUGUAGUUCCUUCCGACACGAGAUCUGUAAGUUCCUUAGGAAAGAAGACAACCGGAGAAGAGAUGAAGAAAAGGAGUACUGCGCCUGUAAAGAUAAGCCCAUGGGCAUUAGCUCGCUUGAAUGCAGAAGAUGUUUCAAGGGCUGCUGCAGAGGCAAGAAGAAAAUCUAAAAUCCUCCAGCCUGUCACUAGAAGAGACGCCCCUUUCAGGCUCGACAGGGAUAACAGCUUUGGUAGCAGCGACCGCCACAUGUAUGGAAGACAGGAUUACAACAGGAAACGAGGUAGUACCCGAGUCCGACUCCCUGCAGAGUUUCCCAUAGAAACCUUGCCCAAACUCUCAACCGAUACUGCUGAAAGCAACAUUACUGAGACAUCCACAAGUUUGGCUCCUCUUCAGCAUGAAGCACUGAGUUCUUUCAGAACAGGCCUAGCAAUGUCAAAUGCCUCUGGAGUUGUUGCUUCUUCCCCUGAGAGCAGUUUAGAUUCGCCAGAUCUUCAUCCAUUUGGAAUUUCAUCUUCAGGACUUGACGAGGCAAGGAGACUAACAGGACCAUCAUCUACAGCUCUAGCUCAGCAAGAAUUCCCCCUAUCGCGAUCAGCUUCAGCUAGUGAUGGAUACGAUGCAUCCGGGGGAGAAGACAGUGACCGUGUUCCUUCCAGGACUGCACAAAGGCCGACAAACUGGAGCAACAUUCUCUUUGACUCCAUUCAGGACGAGAGGAUUGCUAGAGUCAAGGCACCAGGUUCAUCUGGCUACGGUAGCAGCAGAAAGCUCUGAACAUGGCAGGUUCAUUCAAAACUAGAGUCUCUUUGUUCCAGAAAAUCUUAUAUUUCUUUUCAUGUCUUCAUUUCUUCACCAUGACAAAAUCCGAAAAUUUCAUUAGCCAUCUUCAGCUGUCGGAACUUAAUGACAAAGGCCAUAGACUUUGUCGGGAGCAAACAUUAUUUUGUUUAUGGUUACCAUCACUAUAUUGAUCAAA